AUGGACUUGGAAUGUGUCGGGCAAAACUGCCCAUGGAGGGUGUACACCGUAAGGAUGGAAGGGAUAGAGUGGUUCCAUAUCAGACGUGCCUGGCUUGACCACAACUGUACCAUUGACGAGCGUGGCCGCUUUCAUGUGCAAGCUAAGACAAGUGUGAUUGGAGAUUUGUUCAAAAACAAAUAUGCCGGUGGUGUUGGACCCCGACCUAAUGAACUACGAGAGCUUAUGCGUGAUGAUCAUGACGUCCCAAUAUCAUACUGGAAGGCGUGGAGGUCUAGAGAUUUAGCAAGGGACACAGGGUUGGGAACUGCUGGCAAUUCUUACAAGGUGCUACCCAUCUACCUACAACGCUUGGUUAUGUCAAACCCCGGAACAGUCGUUUCCCUAGAAACGGAUUACGAUGAAGGAGUGGACCAAAGGUUCAAAUAUCUGUUCUUCACCUUGGGGGCAUGCCUCAAUGGUUAUCCCUAUACGCGCAAAGUCCUCAUAAUCGACGGCGCCCACCUUAAAGGGAAGUACACAGGCUGCCUGCUCACCGCGAGUUGUCAAUAUGGAAACUACCAGCUUUACCCAGUGGCUUUUGGGAUAGUGGAUGGAGAGAACGACAAGGCAUGGAGUUGGUUUUUCCGGAAGUUGCAGGAGGUGGUGCCGGACAGCCAUAAUCUCGUUUUUGUGUCUGACCGGCAUAACUCGAUCUAUGCCGGCCUGCAAAAGGUGUAUCCAAUGGCACAGCACUGUGCGUGUGUUGUGCAUCUCCAGCGUAACUUCCAGGCGAUCUUCAAGAAAAAUCAUCUCAGCUAUUUGGUGUCUCAAGCUGCGAGAGCUUACCUACCUUCCCAAUUCUCUGAACUAUUUGACCAAAUUCGAGCUGUGGACUCAGGUUGCGCUGACUAUUUGACAGCUAUUGGAUUCGAACACUGGACGAGGGCUCACUUCAACGGUCUCCAGUAA